CCCGAGUGUUGUGGUGUUUAGUAAUGUAGAGAUUUAGAGACCAAAACAGGAGUUUUUGGGUUAAAUAACCGCCGUCAGAGAGCCGAAGGGAUCGUUCACACCGACACCGACCCGGGACUAACACGGUAAUCUACCGGGGAAGCUGCUGUAACGAUGUCUGCGGGGUCCGGGAACAGAAACACGAACACGGAACCGUGGGGAAGCUUCGAUGAAAACCUCAUCCAGGGUGGCGUGCAGGGCGGCGGCGCGGCUGUCAUCGACAUGGAGAACAUGGACGACACGUCCGGCUCGAGCUUCGAGGACAUGGGCGAGAUGCACCAGAGGAUGAAGGAGGAGGAGGAGGUCACGGCGGAGGCCGCGGCCGCCGGCGACGAUGGCGGCGAGGACGAUGGCGGCGAGGACGGCGAGUUCCUCGGGAUGAAGGGCCUGAAGGGCCAGCUGGGACGACAGGUCGCUGACGAGGUGUGGCAGGCGGGGAAGCGCCAGGCGUCCAGAGCGUUCAACCUGUACGCCAACAUCGACAUCCUGAGGCCCUACUUUGACGUGGAGCCGGUGCAGGUCCGCAGCAGGCUGAUCGAGUCCAUGAUACCCGUCCGUAUGAUCAACUUCCCGCAGAAGAUCGCCGGCGAGCUGUACGGCCCUCUGAUGCUCGUCUUCACGCUGGUCGCCAUCCUGCUGCACGGCAUGAAGACGUCAGGAACCGUCAUCAGGGAGGGUACCCUGAUGGGAACAGCCAUAGGAACAUGUUUUGGUUACUGGCUCGGUGUUUCCUCCUUCAUCUACUUCCUGGCGUACCUGGUCAACGCUCAGAUCACCAUGCUGCAGACGCUCUCACUGCUGGGUUACGGUCUGUUUGGUCACUGCGUGGUCCUCCUCAUCACCUACAACAUCCACUUCCACUUCCUGUUCUACGUGCUGUGGCUGCUGUGUGGAGGGCUGUCCACUCUGCGCAUGGUGGCGGCCCUGCUGUCCCGUACGGUGGGUCAGACUCCCCGUCUGCUGCUCUGUGGGACUCUCUCCGUCCUCCACAUGCUCUUCCUCUUCUACCUGCACUUCGCCUACCACAAGAUCCUGGAAGGGCUGCUGGACUCUCUGGAUGGACCCAACAUGGCGCCCAUCCAGCGGGUAGCAAGAGACGUUCCUGAACUGACCCUGAACGCCACGCUGAGGAGUCUGGGGACCCUGCUGAAGACCCACUGAGAGACACACA